AUGAAGUCUUUCUCUGCUCUUUUGCUUUUGGUCGCUCCCCUUUUGGCAUCUGCUUUUGCUCCUGCCAGUUUUGCCAGCCGAUACUCUACCGAGAUUGGACCUCACCGUAUCGACCCCGAAAGUGCUCACAACCAAGCCGAUAACUUGGAUGCCAUUCGAGUGACAUACGAAGAGUGCAAUGUGGAUGGGGAGUGUGUUAUUGUCCACGGCGAACUGGGCAACGAUGGUCGAUGGGCGGACGACAAGCACGUUCGAGGGGAUAUUGCCUCCCAAAAUGUUCUCAUGAUGGAAUGCGACGAUACCGAGUAA